CUCUACUCUUCAGGCUGUUUGGUUCUCUCUGAUUUCGGUUCUUCAUCAAAAUGGCUGCCGGGACCAAAGGCCAGCAAAGUUUUAGGAAAGCGAUUAAAUCUAUUAUACAGGAAUCGACAUCAGUCCAUAGUCAAUAUAAGAACAUAAAAGUCACCAUUAUUAAAGCCACAAACCACCUCGAAUUGUUGCCCAAAGAGAAGCAUGUAAAAACUAUUUUAGCUGCCGUUUCUGGUCCAAGACCGCGAGCUGAUGUUGGUUACUGUAUUCAUGCACUUAAAAUGCGUCUUACACAGGCCGAGUCUUGGGUGGUUGCGCAGAAAACUUUGAUUGUUGUACACCGCGCAGUGAGGGAGGUCGAUCAGUCAUUUCUCGAGGAACUAAGUUUCCAUACCCAACACAGAGGCCGCAUGUUUAAUUUGUUACAUUUCAAGGAUAACUCAACCCCCUCUGCACGUGACUGUUCUUCUUGGAUCCGUACAUAUUCAAUAUAUAUUGAGGAGUAUCUGAAAUGCUUCAGUGUCCUAAAAUACGACUUCUAUAGUGAUCACACGAGAAUAAAGAAUCUUGACACUCCUGCCUUGCUUGAGCAGUUACCUGCUUUACAACAGCUUCUUCUUCGCCUUCUCGGUUGCAAGCCAUUUGGAGCGGCUACAUACAAUUACAUGGUUCAAUAUUCCCUUUCAAUGGUUGCAGCAGAGAGUGUGAGGCUCUAUGUGGCAAUAACAGAUGGUGUACUCAUUUUAGUUGACAAGUUUUUUGAGAUGGAACGUGGAGAUGCUGUGCCAGCGCUCGCUAUCUACCGGAGGGCAAUGGAACAAGCGCAGAGAUUGACAGACUUCUUUGAGAUGUGCCGAAGCCUUGAAUUUGGCCAAGAUCAGAAGUAUAUCAAAAUAGAACAGCCGCCUGCAUCGUUUCUCACGGCUAUGGAAGAGUACAUACGGGAUGCUCCACAACCAAUAAUGCUUCCUUGGACAUCGAACGACGAUGGAUGUGUUAUGCCAAAACUGAUAGCUAUUCCUGAUCCUAAGAAAGCCAAUUCCGAAGAAGCAUCAGACUCAUCUGACGAAUGCAAGGAGGAGGCUCCCAAACCCGAGAAGGUGGCUCCACCACCUCCUCUCAUACCUGAUCUUCUGAGCUGGGACGAGCCAAAUGAAGGACACGAAUCAAAGGCUACGCCAGAAGAGUCAUCCAACGCCACAGUAGACUCGCAAGUCUCAACUGGCUGGGAGCUUGCAAUAGCUACACCACAAACUAUAGGUUCAGCUCCAUCCACACUCUGCAAGGGAGGCGUGGUGGACAGAUCGGUCCUGGACAGCUUAUACGAAACAUCAGUAACAAAACAAGCAGCAAGUGCACAUGGAGCUUCAUUCCAUACACCUAAAGCUCCUUCUUGGAAUCCUUUUGAAGCUGAUGAUUACGUUCACGAUCCGAACAUUUUCUACAGUGGUUAUAAUUAUAAUCACAACAUGUUGUACUAUCCAAGCCUCGCAUUGCAGCCGGCAGGAUUCAUUCAGCAACACAACAGUUAUGGGCAGGCCAUCGUUCCUCACCAGCAGCAAGUACUCAUGGAGCAAAACUACCAGCAGCGGUAUAUGCAGAUUGCCGGGAAUGGGAUCCAUCAACAGCAGCCAAUGGCAAUGGCAGAGCACAACUACUUGCAACGACAAGUCCCCGUGCAGCAACAAGGAUUUGCGUACCCGUAUAUGGAGCAAGGCUCGCGGAACCGGUCUUCCAGCUUCAGUUUACUCUGAAGUAGCAUAUAACAAGUAAGAGGUCGUCUCGUCUGAAUCAGCUGAAUAAUUUUGUUGAUUUGUUUUGGUAAGUUUUGAUAUUUAGUGGCAAUGCUAAGCACUUUUUACUUAUGUGGCGCCUUUUGUGUAACAGAUUAUAUUAUGCCAUAAUAAAGAUAGCGAUGAGCAAUAAAAUGCCAUUCCAAAUCA